CAUUGCUCGAAUCUGAUUGGCUGCGUGCUUCAUGGAGUUUUUAAAUUGUUGCAGCUGCCGACAGACUUACAGGGCUGUCAAAACAGUCGCGAGGAAGAUCGCGUGACUGCUGUUUAGGGGGGGGCUGAAGAAAUGAGGACAAGCGAGUUUGACUCUUCAUCUGAAGAUGAGGUCGGAGAAGAGGAGCUGACUCCACUGCACAUCUCCUGGUUGCCGCUAUCCAUAGUAGGGUGCCCGCAGUUUCUUGGAAUAUGUGCACUACCAGGUUGCAAAUACAAAGAAAUCCGCAGAUGUCUGCAAAGAGAUAUUGAGGAGCUCCAGAACCAGGGGGUGCAGGAUGUGUUUGUUUUCUGCACAAGAGGAGAGCUUAGCAAAUACAGGGUUCCCUCACUGCUGGAGGUCUACCAGCAGCAGGGCUUCAGGGUUCACCACAUGCCUUUUCUAGAUGGAGACGCACCUGAGCUGAACCAGUGCUGCCAGAUCCUUGAUGAGCUGCAGAUCAGCCUCAAGAAUGACAGGAGGACGGUGAUCCACUGCUACGGGGGCCUGGGACGCUCAGCAUUAAUCGCUGCCUGCCUGCUGCUUCAACUCUCUUCCACAAUGACGCCAAACAAAGCCAUCGAAAUCCUCAGGCACCACAGAGGAGGAGGAGCAAUACAAACAGUGAGGCAAUACAACUUCCUUCACGAGUUUCGGGAAAAGUACACAGCCUACCAAAGUGAAAGUGAAGCUCGCUCGGAGCGCUCGGUGUCUCGGUGAUUACUGCUCCUUUCUACAGAGCUGGAAAAGUCUCGAGUUCCUCAAGCUUGCCUGUUUGCCAGUGAUGCUUUCCUGAUUGUGUGGUGGUAUGAUUAUAUUCUUGAGAAAUGCACUUUAGAAUGAACACUGUAAUAUAUUGCUUUUUAUCAUCCUCAUUAUAAUUCAUUAAAGACUUGAUGAGGAGAUACUGCUUUAUGUUAUUAGAUGGAAAAUGUUGUUUCGUUUAUAUUGCAAAUAAAAUAAUGGUGUGUGUUAAAGUGCUAUGUCAGCUGGGCAAUAUGUGUGUACUUUCCAAUGGUCUUUUUAUUUAAGGGGAAUAAAACUGCACAACAGCUUUUCAGACA